GGACUGGUUUACCGUAAAACAGCUGGAUAAUUAUGUUGGGAAAUUGGCGUUCAUGUUCCUUCGAGAAGGGUGUGGGCGAGCAUCCCAGUGUCUGACAGGUUUGCUGUUCCAGUAUGGGCACACAGGCAAGAGUUCUAUUCUGCUGGCUUUGUCUUCAAGUGAUGUUCGCCACUGUAUUGUCUGAUGUGUGGAAGGCAGAGGUUGUCUCUGAAUUGAAAACGCUGGUCUCUUCUUGUGUUGUGGUGCCCUGCAAGUUCCAGUACCCUGGAAGACAACUUCCAGACUCGCGUAUUAGGGGAAUCUGGCACAAAAAGGAUAAAAAAGAAAACAUCUAUCAUGAAGACCAUAUUGAAAUUGCAGACAGCUUCAAGGGUCGCACAAGACUGCUUGGCCACUUGGGUGAAAAAAACUGCACUUUAGAGAUAGAUGAGGUCAAAAAUCAUGACAACGGCCCAUUUUGUUUCAGGGCUGAAAUCCCAGACAUAGAUAAGUAUUCUUUUGUGGAAAGCUGUGUGACCCUCUCCACGAUGCCGGCGGCAGAGAAACCAAGGCUAGAGCAAAUGAAAACCUUGGAAGAUGGAGUUUCUACUACGUUCAAGUGUUCUAUCAGACAUACCUGUCCCUCCCGUCCCCCCACCAUCACCUGGAGCCGUUCAAAUACUGAAGCCACUUUGAACAACAGGGACAUUCUUCAUGGAAACUGGGAAGUGGAAUCCUUGCUGACUUUCAUCCCAACAGAGAAGGACGAUUUCACAGACCUCACCUGCAACGUCAGUUUCCACGGCGGCCUGCAGUCUUCAGUUUCUUCUGUCUUACACGUGAAACGUAAAACAAACUUCUUUCACAUCAUAAUUCCAGUUGUGGCUGUACUUGGAACCUCUCUUUUAUUUGGAGUGGUGUGCUACAUCAUGCGCGAGAAAUAUAGGAGACAGAUUCAAGAUCUCCAGUCUAGACUCGAACGGAAUUUGGAGUCGAAUGUCCAGAAUGUCCCAACGGUUCAGGUCAGUGGAUUGGAGGGAACUAGAAGCAGCAGGGCACUGAAUGUUCACAAAUGGUCUAAGCAGACAUUUGAACUAUAUGCCAUUACCGUGGACUAUGAUGGAGAUCCCAAACGAGAAUGAAUGAUGAUGGAAGACAGAACAAUAUUAGAUCAUAGAUUUGUGGGUUUUCUUUAUUUUUAUUUUCCAUGAAAGUUUUCACUUGCAUAAAAAUAUACAUUCUGCGUAGCUUUAUUCUAUAGCUUCUGCAUUGCAUAGCUUCUGCAUAAUACUGUAUGGACCAUUCUACCCACGUAGUUCAAACUGCAGUCCCAGAGUAAAAACAUUUUAAAAAUGAAAUAUUCAGAUCUUAGAUCUUUCUCCAAGACCUUGUUCAGAUUGCCAGCACAAAUUCGAUUUUGGCAUAUCUAGAUUAUAUCCAGAUUGAUUUUUGAUAGUCAGGACAGCAAAAACCUGAUGAAAUGUUUGCAAAUCGGAUCCAAAUCACAUUUGGAGGUGGUUUGAAAUGUGAUUCCAAUCCAAUCUAGAUUCUCUGGCCACUCUAACUGGAUUUAAAAGUGUGUUUUGUGUCACUUUGCGACACAACAAGCAACAACAUCAAAUCCAGAGUGACAGAAGUGAUGGGAUUCAAGAAGAGCCCAAAGAUUUGUGCUUAUAUUGUUAGUUACCACAGCAACCCAUGCAGAUAGGCUGGUGAUGUCUGGACAUACAAAUCUGAUCUGAUCACUUGCAAAUAAUAGUAUGGACAGAUGUCUCAAAAAACCUGAUUUGAGAAACAAAUCCACUUUGC